AUGGCUUGCUGGGUGACGAAACCCCCGACAGGGAACUUUGAGGCUGAGGGAUUUGGUCUGGGUGGACAGGUGGUUCCACUGGAGAGGCAGGAGCUCGUUUGUAGUCAGUUGGUUGAUCUGCUGUGGUUCAACAUGCAGUUUGUAAUUUUUAUUUGCGCGCUCAUUACGCCUGCUGUUUUAGCCCGACACUUUGUAAGUGAGAGGCCAACUUGUUAUGUGCCAGUGCCCAGGAAGCCUGACUUUGGAGUGAAAACCAGCGCUCGUCCUCAUGAGUUCCUGAAUCUUGCUGUACUCCCGAAGACCUGGGACUGGAGGAAUGUGAAUGGCGUCAACUAUGCCAGUACAACUCGUAACCAGCAUAUCCCUCAGUACUGCGGCUCCUGCUGGGCUCAUGGCAGUACGAGUGCUAUGGCAGAUCGCAUCAACAUCAAGAGGAAGGGAGUGUGGCCAUCUGCUUAUUUGUCUGUCCAGCACGUGGUUGACUGUGCUGAUUCUGGCACUUGUCACGGAGGGGACCAUGGAGGGGUGUGGGAGUAUGCCCACAAUCAUGGCAUCCCUGAUGAGACAUGCAAUAACUAUCAGGCCAUCGAUCAGAAAUGCAAACCAUUCAAUGCAUGUGGGACUUGCACAACUUUUGGGAAGUGCAGCACUGUGAAGAACUACAAUUUGUGGAAAGUGGGUGACUUUGGAGCUAUUAGUGGACGGGAUGAUAUGAAGGCAGAAAUCUUCACUGGAGGACCAAUCAGCUGUGGAAUCAUGGCUACAGAUAAACUGGAUGCGUACUCCGGAGGACUGUACUCAGAAUAUGUUGAGUCCCCUGCCAUCAACCACAUUGUGUCAGUAGCAGGCUGGGGAGUAGAAAAUGGCACUGAAUACUGGAUUGUGCGUAACUCCUGGGGAGAGCCAUGGGGUGAGAGGGGCUGGCUCAAGAUUGUUACAAGUGCCUACCAAGAUGGUGGAAGCAAAUACAAUCUUGCUUUGGAGGAAGAUUGCAUGUAUGGAGACAUGAUUGUGGCCUAAAGCCCAUGUCCCAUUUACAUGGGACCCUACCUGCAUGUUGACUCUCUGCUACCAUUGUAACAAAAGAUGUUUUUGUAUUGUGCAUCUUGAUUCUGUUUUCCCUAGAUGGCAUCUGUCCUUGUUCCAGUACUGAUACUGCCUUCAAAUUUGUACCAAAAGUUAUUAAGUGGAACU